UCUUUCUUUCUCCCCCUCUCCCCCUCUCCCCCUCUCGCGUUUGUCAGCUCGAAAUGGACCCACUCGGGGCUCAUGCUGCCCAGAUGUCAGCUGGCCCGGGAUCUGGUCAGCCCUCGCCCGCGCCCCCGCCGCCGUACGCCCAGCCAGCCGCCGGGCAGGUGGCGAGCCCGCACCGGAGUAGCCUGUCGGCACCGGGCCCCACGGCCGACGCCGCUGCUGGGGCCCCUCCGGCGGGCGCCGGUGCCGUGGCGACCUUCGAUGACCCGCUGCCGACCCUGCAUAUCCGCGUCACGCGGAAUCCGCAUCCAUGCGCGCCCUUCGCCCUGCGCACCGGGGCCGCCGCCGGAGCUGCCACUGCCGGAAUCGGCGCCUUCAACCUCCUCCCCGGGGGGCAUCUGCUGUCGGUCGGCCAGUCGGUGACGCACGCUUUCUUUGAUGGGUUUGCCGGGCUGCCGCGGCCAGCGCCAGCGGGGGCUCCCUCCCCAGGGCAGCUGGCCGCCGCGACGGCCGGCGCCGUGCAGAAGGCCUGUCGGUCGGCCUGCACCGAUCUCGAACCCUACAUCGUCUCCCAGCCGCGCAUUUAUGUGGAUCACCAAUUCCAGGCGUACAUCUCCCUGAGUCUGUCGGACACCGGGCGCCCGGGGUCUGCGGCCGGUCGGUGGUUCCUGCGCGAGGCGGCCGUCCAGGUGACGCUCCUCCACUCGCAGGGCCGCAACACGGACCUCCGGCCCCAGCCGCUGCUCAACACAUCGCUGCCAUUGGCCCCGGUGGCGGACUACCCUCGGCCGGGGCAGUCGCUGUCGGUGUCGGUGGCCCUGCAAGUGCCCCAGGAGUUCGCCAUCAGCCAUCCGAUUACCAGCCACGGGGACUACUCGCUCACCUGCACGGUGCGCGCGAAUUACGUGGCACUCAGCCCCGCCGGUGCGGUAAUUGCCUCGCGAAAUGUCACACACAAUGCCGAUGCAUACCGCUUCACGGCGACCCGGCCCAUUCGCAUCUCGCAGGUGAUCGUGCCCAAGCGCAACAAUACCACCUCGCUGAUCGACGUGGCCAUCCAGAACACCUCGCGGCGGAUGAUCUCCAUCGACAGCGCGUCCUUCGAGGUGCCGAGCCAGUUGCGUGAUGUCAUCGAGUGUGUGGCGUAUGGCCCGGCCACCGGCAGCACGGGCGCCACUUCGGCUGGCCAGCCGUCUCCCAACUCCUUCGACGCGCUGAUGCGCAUGGCGGCCGACACCCUGGGCGACGGGGCCCGGCGGCGACAGGGCUUCAGCAUUCAGCCGAAUGACUCGGCUAAUGUGGUGUUCGAGGUCCGGCCCGUGGGCAUGGAGCAGCAUCAGCGGCAGGUGCCACCUGCCCAGGAGCAGGGUGAUGUGUCCAGUUCUCGGGCAGUCGGCCCGAUCGAGUGGUCCACUGAGCUGGAGACCCGCGCCAGCUACAAUGUCAAGGAUCUCGGCCUGUUGAGUCUGUCCUGGAGCGGGCCAAAUGGCAUCGACGCCAUCCAGGUGACGUUGUCCGGUUUCAACAAGACGCUCCUCAACCUCCCGCCGGUGGAGGUGACCCUGCUGCCAGAUCCGCACUGGCCGACGGGGAGGCCCAUGCAGCGGGAUGUCCCCCAGCUGCGGCUCCUCCGGGUGCGCAACACGACGCCCCUGCCGGGCGGCCCACUGGCCGGGGCCAGUCAUGUACUGGUGUCGCUGCGAUUCCUCAUCCGGAAUAUGUCCGACGCGUUGGUGGUUGGGGCGGUAUCGGACGCCGCGCGGAUCUCCCUCGCCGGGGCCCUCUGGACGCCGGACAGCGGCCCACCGAGGGCCGAGCAGUUCCACACUGUGAAGCUCAACGGGGCUGGCUGGACGCCGGUCAAUGUGGGCAUCAUCCCGCCCGGGGCGUCACGCGCAUGCCCUGUGAUGGUGACCGGCUUGCGGCCCGGCUUUGUCAACUUGUCCGGCAUCAGCGUACUAUGUACGCCGGUGGAGCGGGCUCCUGGCGACCAGGUAGUCUGGCGCCCGGUCCCCGGACAAACCAGUCGGGCAUCCUCCCCCGAGAACAUUGGGUCGAUCUUUGUGUCGUCUUGAUGGGGGCGUCCUGUGUGGGCGCGUACAUCCGGCGAGGGGAAGCACAGACAGUUGCUCCCUGCGCCGCGCUUGUCAUGAAUGCACAGCUUUUCCCUUGC